AUGCCAAAGGGAUCCGGAUCCCCCCUCCGCAUCAAGAUGAUCAAGUACCCGUCAAAGCCACCACGCUCUCUACUCGGUGCUUUUACCAGGGCAGAGACCAAAGCCAAGUUGAUGAUAAGGGGUCUGGAUGUCCCAAAGAUAUACCUAUUCCAAGAAUAUACCGUGCGAAGAUGUACCGAGCACCAGACUGAUAAAGCAGCCUAUGUUUCCAUUGAGAUCCAGGGAAUGGUCUCGGCUGAGAGCUACAUAUUUCCAUGUCUUGAGACAAAUCUGCAACUUGCGAUCUUCUGCGAGCUGUAUGUACGCAACGACAUCAUUGCUUUUCCUCCCUUGGUAGUUGGUACUAUACCUGUCCAUCAACUGCCGUGCCAAGAUUUUCGGAGAUAUCCCCGCGCUACCCACGCAGAUUCCCAUGAGUGA